AGCUCCCCGCCUCACCCCGAGGCCGCGAUGGCCAAGCCCCAGGUGGCCGUAGCUCCGGUGCUCAUGUCGAAGCUGUCAGCCAAUGCGCCCGAGUUCUACCCGUCGGGUUAUUCCAACUACACGGAAUCCUACGAGGAUAGCUGUGAGGACUACCCCACGCUGUCAGAGUAUGUGCAGGACUUUCUGAAUCACCUCACAGAGCAGCCUGGCAGCUUUGAGACCGACAUUGAGCUCUUUUCUGACACCCUGAACGGCUGGGUCACCACAGAUGAAGCCCUGCAAGACCUUGUGGAACUCAUCUAUCAGCAGGCCACAUCUAUCCCCAAUUUCUCUUACAUGGGGGCUCGCCUGUGUAACUACUUGUCGCAUCAUCUGACAAUUAACCCACAGAGUGGCAACUUCCGCCAGCUGCUGCUUCAGAGGUGUCGGACCGAGUAUGAAGCUAAAGAUGAAGCCGCCAAGGGGGAUAAAGCAACGCGCAAGCGAUUUCAUGCCUUUGUGCUCUUCCUGGGAGAGCUGUACCUUAACCUGGAGAUCAAGGGCACAAACGGGCAGGUUACGAGAGCAGACAUCCUCCAGGUUGGUCUUCGGGAGUUGCUGAAUGCCCUCUUCUCCAACCCUGUGGAUGAUAACUUGGUCUGUGCAGUGAAAUUACUCAAAUUGACAGGGUCAGUUCUGGAAGACACCUGGAAGGAAAAAGGAAAGACCGACAUGGAAGAAAUGAUUCAGAGAAUUGAAAAUGUGGUUUUAGAUGCAUAUUGCAGCAGGGAUGUGAAACAAAUGCUCUUGAAGCUGGUAGAACUCAGGUCGAGUAACUGGGGUCGAGUCCAUGUGACUUCCACCUACAGAGAGGCAACGCCUGAAAAUGAUCCCAAUUACUUCAUGAAUGAACCAACCUUUUUUACAUCUGACGGUGUUCCCUUCACGGCAGCUGAUCCAGAUUACCAAGAGAAAUAUCAAGAAUUACUUGAAAGAGAAGACUUUUUUCCCGAUUAUGAAGAAAAUGGUACCUAUUUAUCAGGCACUGGUGAUUCAUACUUGGAUGAUAUUGAUGAUGAAAUGGACCCAGAAAUCGAGGAAGCUUAUGAAAAGUUUUGUUUAGAAUCAGAGCGUAAGCGAAAACAAUAA